CGCCCUCCCAACCGGGCCAUGUACUCAGGCUCCGGUUUGCAACUGCAGCACCCUCUGCUGAGCCAAAACACUCACGACCUCGUGCCUUAUCUGGAAUCACAGCUCUACCUCGAGCAGGACCUUCCCGACCUUGCCUCCCUCCCGCCCCCAAGGCUCUUCGCCACCCACUUGCCUUAUCAGUUGCUCCCGCAGUCGGUGAGGGACUCCAAGUGCAAGCUAGUGUACUUGUACAAGAACCCCAAGGACACCUUCGUCUCGUUCUGGCACUCCGCCAACAAGCUGAGGCCUAGGGACAAGGGCGAGAUCUCGCUGCAGGAGUCGUUCGACAAGCUCUGCCGCAAUGUGAGCUUAUACGGGCCUUACUGGGAUCACAUACUGGCGUACCAUAGAGAAAAGGAUACUUUUGAUGUCAAAAGUUGUAUACAGAGAUCACUUUAG